CUUUUUGCCAUGCCUGCUCAUGGACUGGUGCCAUUCGAGCCGCGAGAGACGCCCGCCGAGCUCCCUGCGGAGACAGCCGUCUACCACUACGCGCUCACCGGCGAGGUCUUUACCGACUACGAAGAGUAUGCCGAGCGUGUGCGUCUGUGCACACUGCCCGUGUGGUCGUGCCGAAUCACUGGCAAGGAGCACUUGACGUUCCAACAGGCGGCAGAGUCGGAGCGCGACGCGAUCGUUGCUUCAGACAACCAGAAGCUCUUGUAUCCAAAGCCCGUCUCUGCACGCGAGGCAGGACGGUCGCCCGAUCUGAUGCCCGAGCCACUCCAACCAGGCCUGCUUGUGGUUGUGCAAAAGCUGAACAACUCGCGUAUGGACAAAAUGGCAGAACACUGCUACUUUUAUCUCAAGAUGCGCUUCUUCCCCAAGGAGGAGGUGAUUGUGUCUCGUCCCGACGGGUUCGACCAGCCUGCACGUAUCAUUCGAGGCAUUUCUAGAUUCACGGGGCAAGGUUUGCGGCCCGACCAGGCCUAUGGCAUUCAUUUCGCCUCCCGCCAACCGCCAGAGCCCGCCGAUCCUGACCAAAUAAGCACCGUUGAGGUUGGCCAACCAUUGAACAAUUCACCACUAGCGUACGAAGUGGAGUGGCUCGUCUAUCGCGACGCCGAAACAAGCCGCAUGGAAGGCGCCUGGGAAACUGGUGUUGCGACAGUCAAUGCCGACGAUAUGCGACGGCAAUACACCGUCUCUCGCGAAUCCAUCCGCGCGUUCUUGCGAGAUUCGACAGACCGAGUACAGAGCGACUGCAGCUGGUGGUCGGUGAAGCCAGAGUUUCUGGCAAAGUUCAACCUGCCCGCAAACGAUCCAAUUGAACUCCAGAUUCAGCGACGAAAGCUGGAAAAGUUGCAUGGCAAGGGCGAAAGCUCGGACUUGGACAUGGCAGAACCCUCCGCGAUGGACGUUUCGUCGCCUUCGAAGGCGACCGCGAGCUCGGUGGCUGGCACGGUUGCUGCUGCCGCUGCUUCUGGCGUACCCGCUCCUUCCGCGUCAGUGCAGGCGCUGCUGGAAGAGCCCCAUCGACUGGCCCCGCGUAGCAUCAAAGCGCUCGAGGACUCGGUUGCCCUCCUGCAGACCACGCUCGCAGACCUUCAGGCCCAGGCGGCCGCAGCCCCAGCAAACCCCACGGUUGUGGCAGCACGGGAUGCCACGCUGGCCAAGCUCACCGGCGUCCAGCAGCAGUUGGACGAUGUGCGCGAGGCCAUCAAGUACAAACGCCGCAUCGAGCGCUUGCGCUUCCGCGAGUCACACCAGCCUCGACCCGACGAGCAGCUGUUGGCAACGGCCAAGCCUCUUCCUGCAGCCUCGCCCUUGUCCCACCGACUUUCCCUCGACCAAAUCGACCAGGUGCUCGAGUUGGUAGAGUUCUUUUACGUGCAGUCCACCCAAGUGCCCCUCAACACUCCCAUUUCCUUUGCGCUGCUCGAAGAGGCCGUCAUCACGCCGGCGUACCACCCACUAUUCCUGCAGCUCAUCCUGUCUUCGCUGCAGCUGCUUCUGAACGACGAUGGCUUUGCUUUUGUGAACGAGUUUGGCGUUCGGCUCAAGGCUUUCAACGUGACCCCGUUCACCGCCUCUGAAAUGCUCCAGCUCUUCCUGUCACAAUACCACGACUGGGCAGCCUCUGAUGUGGUGGCUCGACUCCGCCGCGGUGACUUGUUCUCCUUCUCGCUGGACACCAAGCUCCAUCUGUUGCAAUUCCUCGCUGACGAGCUCACAUCUUGCUGCCUCGUCCAAAAGUACAUGGAUGAGUGCACGGACAAGUGGGUCGAGUCUCGACGCGACCUGCGCGAGCAGCUUGCCAUUCGCCGAAAGGACGAGCAGGCCAACAAGCAGCCCAUCUCGCGUGCCCGCCCCGCUGCCAGCAGUCCCCGAAGCAAGGCUGCCGCCAAAGGAAAGGCCGAGGAAGAAGAUGGCAGCGAUGCGGGCAGCGACGCCGGGUCGGAUGACGAGGCGCCCACAGCGUCAGGGUCGAAGAGCGAGAGCGCUGCAGCCAGCAAGCGAAAAGAGGACGUGCUCGGCAAGGAUUUGGUCGGCGCUGUCAUCAAGUUCUCUGGCGUUCUUCAUCCAGAACCCAUUGGCACGGAUCGCUAUCAUCGUCGCUACUUUAUUUUGCGCUCGACCAAGGGGUUGUUUGUUCAAACGGUCACCGAGACGCUUGAUUCUGACGUGCCCCAGACGCUCAACCCAAGCAGCGCAAACCCGCUGGCCGUCAAGGCACUGGCCGCCAGCACCAACGCUCCCACCACCGCGGCCACCGUGCCAAGCGAGCCGUUGGGUCUGUUUGACAACACACCCGAGAAACUGCCAGUUCCCAAAGUCCAGUCCCAAUGGCAAGUGUACAGCACGCGUCAAGCCGUUGACGACUUGCUCGAAUCGCUCAUGCAGCGCGGCCAUCGCGAGCGCGCUCUACACAAGAGCAUUCUUGCCAACUAUGAGCACCUGUUCAUCCAAGAAGUCGAGGCGCAAGUGUCGUCGACUGCAAGCGCGGCCGCGGUGGAUGUCAAGCCAGAUGUUGGCGCAGCUGGUGCCGCCGGUCCAGCCGACAGUUUCCUCAACGAGUUGCGCGAGUCGCUUGCAGAGAUUGCCGUCAACCUGUUUGAGGCAACACUGACCAACUGGACGGAUCAGGCCGAUCCCAGCUAUGUCGAGUGGGUCAAGGAGCUCUCUGCUGCCACUGGCAUCCAGGAUGCCAUUUCGUGCAUGAUGACGCUCGAACGCAAGGUCAACACGCGCUUUUUCAAGCGUCCGCUCAAAACAGACGAGCAAAUUGCUUUUGCGCCGCACCUGCUGCGCGAUCCAACCCUCUUGGAUCGGUUUGCCAAGCCUGUGGCCAACUCGAGCCGAGCUGGCGGCUCCAAGUCGAAUCGUGCCUCGGUCAAGCGCGAAGGAGGCGACGGCGACGCCGACAAGGGCGAGAAUGAGAACGACCAAGACUUGGAAGAGGACGGGUCGGGCUCGGAAGACGACGAGCCCGAAAACGAUGACGAUGAAGGCAACGACGGAGACGAUGCGAACGAAGAGCGUCAAAUGAUGAAGGAAGAGGACGCGACCGCGGCGGCUCCCAUGGACACAACUGCAGACCAACAGCAGCAACAAUCUGCCCAGCAGCAGCUGGCCGCCAAGCCGCAAGAGCUCCCCGCAGCCACUCGCUUGAAUCUUUGGCGUGCUGAAGUUCGCGACGCUACUUCCUAUUCACAGCUGUUUGUGCUCUUGGACAUGAUGGAGUCGUCGUUGUCGUGGGGCGCGCACGACUGGAUGCCGCACGCGCGUUGCCGCGUUUGCCGCAAGCGCGGACACGAGCAGUACAUGCUGCUCUGCGACAACUGCGACUAUGGCUACCACAUGUACUGUCUGUUGCCAGUGCUGCACCGCGUGCCGAACGGCUCGUGGCUCUGCCCUCCGUGCCGCCCUUCCAUCCCCUCGCUGCUCGUGCUUGAGACCGCCGGUCGCACCCCAGCGUCGCUUGCUGUUCCCGGCUACGGCGGCCCUGGUUUCCCCAGUGGUCCAUGCUUUGUGGUCAACCAAUACGAAGUUCCUGCCGGCACGCUUGCAGCAUUGGAGGCUGCCGAGUACGAGGAGGGCCAACGGCGCAGCGGACGCACCUCCCAGCGUCGCACCCACAGCGAAAUGACAGCUGACGACAGCGACGCCGAGAGCGAAGUCGUGUCCGCCGGCGAGGAAGACGAGCAUUUCAGCGCGUCUGGCCGACGGCUGCGCGUGGUGCCAAAGUUGAGUGACAUGCCUUCCAACCAAGAGCAGCACUUGAAGCGGCCCGUGCCCAAGCCCAAGGACGUGCCCAAGCGCAAGGGCAUUCCAACAGCCCGCAUUGCCAUUCUUCGCGCGCCGCAAAUGCCUCAGCUCCCUGCAGGCUGCGCGGGCUCGAGCAAGCUCGACUACACGCCUGUGAAUUUCGAGGCGUUCCAGAUGCUUGCCACCCCUUCUGCUGCUGCGCUUGCCGCAGCUGGAAAGCGAGGUCGUGGGCGCCCCGCAAAGAGCGCAGCGGGCGGCGCUGGAUCCGCCAGUGUCGAUGCCACGCCGCCGCUUUCGGCCGCGUCCGUUCUUGGCUGCAACGUUGUCUUCCAUGCUGGCGAUGAGCCCGGCGUUGUCUUUAUUCCGGCAUCCAAAUCCAAGACGCGCAACAAGCCUGGUGUGGUCAAAAAGCCUCCGCCGAUCAAUCAGCAAGGCACCGCCGGCGCGGUCGGCACGCACACCCACACGUCGCAAGUGCGGACGGCCAAGCCAGCCUUCCCACCAAAAGCGGCCGCGCUUGCCCAGCAGUCGAGCACAAAGUCCAGCAAGGUGGCUAGCCCUGCAAGUGACGCGUUCGCAGACGCCGACAUGGCCCUCGCCAUGUCCUUGGCCGCCCAGGAGGAACUCGAGCAAGAGCAGCAGGACGAUGACUUUGAUCCCGAGGAUGACGACGACGAAGAUGUUCCCUCCAAAAAGGCCGCCACUGCAACGACGAGCAAGGCGCGUUCCAAGGCCAGACCCCCGAGCACACACAAGCCGCGCGAUGACUACAGCGAAGAAGACAUUGCCGAGGAAGACUUGCUGGCCGAUGACAUGGAGGCGGAAAUGAAUAAUGACGACGAUGAUGAUGACUUUUCCGCACGCCCGCGGCCUGGAAAGGGCAAGGGCAAGAGCAAGGCCAAAACGAAGGCGAAGGCCAAAGCCAAGGCCCGAUCACCCCGCAGCCGACCGAGCAAGUCCUCUGCGCUUGCGGCUGCCAUCGCGUCGCCCACCGCACUGCGAGGCCGGCCUUCUGGCUCGCGAGCCGUGACUGCGGCUUCUUCGAACGUCUCCGACGACGCUGGAAAUGGCGAAACGCUCGAUGUCGAGGGCGAUGAAGCCGUUUCGAUGGAAAUGUAAACCAAAGAGAUUGAUGCCUCGAUUAAACAAUGUUGCGAGUGAGUUUUGUAUGUUUGUUUUGUUUUUUGGUUUGUUUUUUGUAUCUCGUGUGUUCUACCCAACGUUUCAUUCUAAAAG